AAAAGUUGAUAUUUUUUAAAAAUUCUAUAAAUUCCUCAAUAUUUUCAACUGUAUAACAGUGUAAGCUUUUUUUCUGCCAACAAAACCGGACAAAGCUACUGCGGAGAUGGAGAUGUUCAAGAACUGAAGUCAAGAUGAGGUGGAGGAGGCAAUGCAGAUAAGUAAUGGUGAGAGAAAGAUGGAAGGAGAAGAUAGUGUGAAAACAGUAGAUUGCUUGAGAGGAAGGCUGCUUGCAGAAAGAGCUGCUUCCAAAAAUGCUAAAGCGGAGGCACAACAAUUGGAAAUUAAGUUGAUGGAACUAGAAAAACUGUUGACACAAGAGGCAAAAUCAAGAAACAAAGCUGAGAAGAAGCUGAAAUUCUUGACGAAGAAGCUUGAAUCCAUCAACAUUUUUCAUUUAUCAGAUGAGUCAGAAUACAUUUCCUCCAUUUCAUCCACAAUUACCAAAGAAGAAGAAGAAGAGGGCAAUCGAAAUCAGCAGGCGAGAAUUUCUGAGGCAUUUGAAAAUCAAGAAUUGAAAGGGGAAGCCAUAUUUCAGAAGGAUUUGGGAAAUUUGAAGCAAAUUGAUUCUUCAUUUAGUCUGAGUGAUGACAACAGCUCCACAGCUGAAGGGGCUUCAACCUCUUGUGCAUUUGAAGUCCAUUUGCCUGAAUUCAAAGGCCUCGAAUGUGAAAUGAGACGCGACAAAGAUGUAAAGUCGCCAAGAAUAGGCAAGAUUGUUGAGCAAAGAAAUGCCACAUUUGAGGAUUCUUUAUCCUCUGCUAGUGGAAAAUCGAGUUCAAACAUGGAUCAACAGAGUGAUUUCUGCUGGCGUAGCAUUGACGAGGGCGAGGGCGAGGGCGAGGGCAUCAACCAAAGAAAUGCCUUAUUUGAGGAUUCUUUAUCCUCUGCUAGUGAUCAGCAGAGUGGUGAUAGCAUUAGCAUUAGAUCUUGUGCUGAUGAACAAGGCCAAGAUUCCGACAGUCAAAUAGAUGAUUCCAUGGCUCUAGUUGUGGUUGAUACGUCUCAAAAGAUUCAUAGGAUUGAUCCGGAUGCUCUUGAUGCUACGGUGAGGGAAGUGCUCGACACACUGAGGCGCGCAAAGGAGCAACUUCGGAGUUCAAUGGAGAGACGACGGAUGAAGGUGAUCGGAGUUGGUCGGACCAAUCUUGCUGUUAAAACUAGUACCAUUUUCAUAUAGAGCUCACUAUAUGUAUUUUGCCUAUAUUGUGUGUUUUUUUAGAUGGAUGAGUGAUGGUAUAGGUAGAGAGUUGGUGUUCAAAAUGAAUAAAAUGGCACUUGAUUUAGAUAUUGCUAAAUUAAUGAUAAACCUUCUUGGAUUA